AUGCACAAUAGACUCGUCUCUCCAAUCGGUCCUAUCGUGCGGUCUCACUGUGCUUUGUGCCUUGCCUCUGCCACAGAUCGACGACGUCCUUCCGGCAUGGGCAUUGCCGUCUACACGGCAGCGGCAUCGAACAUGCCCCCUCGCCGACCGGCCUCCCCAACUCGCUCGCGUCUUUCGCAACUUCGUUGGUCGUUCGUUACAUGCGACCAGGCACAUUUUGCCGGCAAAGUACUGGUAGAAAGCUGUUUCUCACAACACGGCAACCACCCACACCUCGGCAACCCGACCGCUGACGACGAUGUUGCCAGCCGGGACGGCCCUUCUCUGCGUCGCUCAUCCCUGACAGCUCGCGUGGAAAGACAAGUCCGACAUUCUGAAGCCGCACGAACAUGCGAGCUUGAAGCGAACCACCUCAAGCGCAGCCGUUUGGGUUCGCAAGACAAGGGUUGA